GGGUUGGAUUGUUUUCAAGUCUACCGACAACGUAUGAUGACCUACCUGCCUUUGGCUGGAAUCUUUGCAUGCUCUCUAUAGGUCAUGCCAACUUAUCAAGGCAUGAGCUUUUGUCGCUGGACAUAGGCAAUGGCAAAGAGCCCUCCAGUACUUCAACGAGUACAUCGCAGACUCUGUUCUACCUGAUGGAACGUUGAUCUCAGAGGUCGAGCCUCCAAAGCACGAUGGACAAAGGAUAGACGAUGUUGAGUCUUCCGAUGGGCAUUCAGACAUGUCAGAGGGCUCCGAAGAGAGCGAUACGGUCGAGGGUUGCUCCUGUACCGGCGUGUCGUCUCUCUGCACUGUGACGGACGGAGACAAUUGCGAGUGCGUAGAGUCCUUUGGCAAUUUCUAUACCCUCGGCCCAAGUGGGCACCCCAUCCUCAACCUCGACGCUGUCCCCUACAGGCUCCCGCUGGUGGAAUGUGGAGCUCACUGCAGUUGUUCUGUCAAGUGUUUCAAUCGCACAACUCAACGAGGUGUUAAUUUGCCUGUGGAGAUCCGACAGACGAAAGCUGGACUUGGAGCUUUCCUCUCGGCCUCGGCAGACGCGGUGCCCAUCGAGGCAGGUACUUUCAUCGCCCUCUAUGCUGGAGAAUAUCUCUCCACCUCGGAAGCACGAUCGCGAUGGCAGCUCGAGUCAAAAGAUAAUUAUACGCUCUCGCUCAGGCUAGCCAAUGCGAUCAUCCACAUCGAUCCAAGAUACAAGGGUAACGUGGGACGAUUCUUCAAUCAUAGUUGCGAUCCCAAUUGUGUGAUUCUCAUCGUCUACUGGGGCGGCGGCUGGCCUCGAGCCGCUAUCUUCAGCAAGAGUAUCAUUCAACCGAGCGAGGAGCUGACUUUCGAUUAUGGCAAUGCCUCGGGUGACCAAGACGCACAGGACAGGGUCGAAGGUUGCGUGGCAGAGGAUGAUCGCCCCACGCUGACAAAGUGUCUUUGUGGCUCCGUUCGUUGUAGAGGAUACAUGCCGUUCGAUAGCAGUCUAUAGAUCUGCAGAUACAUGAACAGGCUCUUCACCUUGCUAUCCUGG